CGCAGCUUUCCAUGAUGAAAGCGAUACGUUGUUGAGCGGCAGCAUCUUCUACAACACGUGCGUUUUGUUUAAUAAUAAAUAGUUACAAAAGAUUCGCUCGGAUUACUAACAGCACUUUAGUUAUACCGGACAUAGGAGAGCAGUUUAAUCACAACCCUACCCUACAAAACAUUUAACCGGUUUUCCCAUUGCUGCUGGAAAAGUGGAGCACAAAAGUCCUGUCUUGGUUGCCCAUGGCUGGAUUGAGUUCUGCAGGAUAGUGGAGACCCCCACAGGCCUGAACUAGCCUCCACUCUCCUAAACAUUAUGGCCACAGCCCAACCAUACUGGGAUCAACGCUAUGACCACGACACCAUGGAUAAGCUGUUUUUUGGAUUUGGGUCGGAGUCCAUGGAUCACAGCUUGAGAAUGUAUCAGCAAAACUCCGCAAACGUGGGCUUUGAAACAAGGACGUCUGGCUUCAGUUCUCCUCCAUGUUUAUCUCCCAAGACUCCAAAUCCUACACGGCUGCUGUUUUCCUCCCAGUGCCACCCACCAGAGGAAGACCAGGUGGUUCCAUCCUUACAAAAACUGUCUGUUUAUGAGCACAUACCCCCUUGUUCGCCCAGGAGAACAACGAAGCCCCUCCCACCCCUCCCAGACAUAGGUGACCUGUCAUCUGAUGAAGCAGAAGACAACGAAGUGGAGUUUUUCUCCAGUACCUCUGAGAGCCAGUGUCUGGUGCCUAAAACCUCAACCUUCCAGUAUGGCUUGCCAGGGAGGCGCAGUUUUCGGCGAAGCGGUCAGAUAAACUUUGCGUAUUGCGAAGGGGUACAAGAACAUCAGAAACUUUGCGGGGUGAAGCCCCAGUGGGAGCAGGCAGUAAGGCAGAACCAAGACAGACACCAACGCCGGCUGCAUCGGUCCCAUUCCGGCCCUGCUGGAUCCUUCAAGGCCACCAACUUCAGGCCAACCAGCCUUCACCAUUCUCCCCACAGCCUCCUGCUGGAGAAACCCGAAGUCCCACCUCGCGUUCCAAUCUGCGCUCGCCUCAGUGAGAGCACGGAUAGCAGGCAGCCAUCAUCCGAUGACGUUGAUACGGACAAACCCCCUGAAGUUCCACCCAGGGACCCCAUCCCUCAGGUCAUACCACGUGCCAUUAGUCCAAAAAGUCUCCCGAUUUACAUCAACGGGGUAAUGCCACCUACUCAGAGCUUUGCGCCCUAUCCGGAGUAUGUCAGUAAGGCUCAACACAAGCAGAGCUGUGAAGGCUUGCCGGCUCCUCGCAACCCCUGUAUUCUGCCCAUCAUGGAAGAUGGGAAGAAAGUCAGCAGCACGCAUUACUUCCUCCUCCCUCAUCGACCCGGGUACUUGGACAAGUUUGAGAGGUUUUUUAAAGAGUCGGACUCGUAGUGAUUUUUAGGGAUUGAGCGGUUAGAAUCUGAAACAAUUUCCUUGUUUAAAGUGGAAAUAAGGACGGCCGGAUAUAAACCGAUAUGUUGUUUGAACUGAUUCUUCAGUGUUCUGAAUUAUUGGUCUGUUUAGGGGUUGGACAGUAUGUCCUCGGACUAUACGCAGAGAAAGACAAAAAUAAUUGGUUUACCACUGCUGAAAAUUGCAGAGCAACUCUGUUAAAAGUGUCCUAUUACUGUAGGGCUGCACGAUUAAUCAAAAUAAAACCGUCAUGUCUUGAAUCCACAAAAGAUUUAAGGUCCCCUGCCAUAAAAGCUAGAUGGUUUAAAUUUUAUCGGGAAAAUGGCAAUUAGCGUUUUCCCCCAAAACGUGGUGCCAUAUGUAUUAGUGUCUGCUUUAUUUUUAUUCUUUUUUUUUUUUUUUACAAUUAAUAGAAUGUACAAGUAUCCUUUUAUGAAGAAAUGGGAUGAACUGUGUAACCUGAGUAUAAGCUGGUCUUAUAAUAUUAUUUUUUCUUUCUUUCCAUUCUGCAAUAUGGUUUGGUAAAGGUGCAUGUUGGUUUUCCUUAAAUUAUGCACCAACAGUAAAAAUUCAGAUAUUGCUGAAAAAUGACAACUGACUAUUAUUAGCUAUAGGGAUCACCUGAAUUCCAGAUAAUUAAAAGAACUGUCAACAUUUAUUGGCUCAUUUUAAAAGCCAAGACAAGGACUAUGCCGUGUGUUUUACAGCAACGAGAAGUGUGGUGAUCAAAACUACUUGCAAGUAGUGAUAAAUGGAAGGGACUGGGAACAGGGGUUAGUAUUCUAGCCUUCAUGAGAAGAUUAAUCCAUAUGUUUUAUCUUCUGUUGCUUGCUUUUUUUUUCAUUCAGAUGUGAGACAAAUUAAUCCUUUUGAUUUUUAAAGAAUGGCACAUGCAGUUUCAUUUAUCUGUUACAAGGGUAGAAAUGCCUUGCCAUUUGGUGUCAAAAUGCAGGACACUGGUUGUAAGUGGAUAGUUGGUGAAUGGUAUUUUGCUGUAUUUUUGUACCAUUUAUCAUGAAGUUGCUUCAUUGAAGCAUUUUUCAUUAAGGAAAAUUAUGAAAGGAAGAAAUGGAAGCUCCAUGACUGGUCCUGGCCUUGUAUUUCAUGUAUUUCUCACCAAAAGUUGAGCACAUUUGAUAUUGUUUUUUGUUUAAAUUUGUUAUUAUCUUGACAUUUUUCAGACCAGUAACCGUUUACGUUUUUAGCUACUUGGGUUUAGUCCAUCCAACAAAAUGACUGUUUUCUGUGAGAAAGCUAAUGUUAACUGACUUUGUUUCAUCUGCUGAGGAAACAUGCACUUCUAAAAUGUACAGUAUUGGUGUAGUUUUUCACACCAGACUAUUUAAAUAAAGUAACUUAUUUGUACACA